AUGGCUGGUCGGAGGAUGAUGAGAAGUGGAGAACAUGGGACCUUAAGAGAAGGCUUGCUGAGCAGUGGACGGGGCCGUGGCGAUCUCAAUCAGGUUAAGUGCGCGGAGGAAAAGAGAGGUGGUAGAAUGAUGGCGGAUGCGGCAAUGGGAGAGUUCGACGAGUGUUUGACUGAAAUAGGCUUAUGGGACUUGGGCUUCUAUGGAUACCCCUUUACUUGGGAAAACAAGAGAGUUGGCGGGGCAUUAAUCAAGGAGAGGCUGGACCGCUUCAUUGCGAACGACCCUUGGCGUGAAACUAUGGAAAACUGUCGGGUCAUUCAUCUUGAAAAGGAAAGGUCCGAUCACCGUCCUCUAGUUUGUGACACACAAGGUGAAGCAGAUGAGGAGCCUAAGUAG